AGGGCGGGGGCCAGGGCCCAGAGCCUUCAGGGUGGGCAUCCUGGGCAGGGCAGGUGGCCGAGGUGUGGAGGCAGGGGAGAAUGCGCCUCUCCAAAACCCUCGUCGACAUGGACAUGGCUGACUACAGUGCUGCGCUGGACCCAGCCUACACCACUCUGGAAUUUGAGAAUGUGCAGGUGUUGACGAUGGGCAAUGACACGUCCCCGUCAGAAGGCGCCAACCUCAACGCGCCCAACAGCUUGGGUGUCAGCGCCCUGUGUGCCAUCUGUGGGGACCGGGCCACGGGCAAACACUAUGGUGCCUCAAGCUGUGACGGCUGCAAGGGCUUCUUCCGGAGGAGCGUGAGGAAGAACCACAUGUACUCCUGCAGAUUUAGCCGGCAGUGCGUGGUGGACAAAGACAAGAGGAACCAGUGCCGCUACUGCAGGCUCAAGAAGUGCUUCCGGGCUGGCAUGAAGAAGGAAGCUGUCCAAAAUGAACGGGACCGGAUCAGCACUCGAAGGUCAAGCUACGAGGACAGCAGCCUGCCCUCCAUCAAUGCGCUCCUGCAGGCAGAAGUCCUAUCCCAGCAGAUCACCUCUCCUGUCUCUGGGAUCAAUGGUGACAUUCGUGCAAAGAAGAUUGCCAGCAUCACAGACGUGUGCGAGUCCAUGAAGGAGCAGCUGCUGGUGCUCGUCGAGUGGGCCAAGUACAUCCCGGCUUUCUGCGAGCUCCCCCUGGACGACCAGGUGGCCCUGCUCAGAGCCCACGCUGGCGAGCACCUGCUCCUCGGAGCCACCAAGCGAUCCAUGGUGUUCAAGGACGUGCUGCUCCUAGGCAAUGACUACAUCGUCCCUCGGCAUUGCCCGGAGCUGGCGGAGAUGAGCCGGGUGUCCAUGCGCAUCCUCGAUGAGCUGGUGCUGCCCUUCCAGGAGCUGCAGAUCGAUGACAAUGAGUAUGCCUGCCUCAAAGCCAUCAUCUUCUUUGACCCAGAUGCCAAGGGGCUGAGCGACCCGAGCAAGAUCAAGCGGCUGCGGUCCCAGGUGCAGGUGAGCCUGGAGGACUACAUCAAUGACCGCCAGUAUGACUCACGUGGCCGCUUUGGCGAGCUGCUGCUGCUGCUGCCCACCCUGCAGAGCAUCACCUGGCAGAUGAUCGAGCAGAUCCAGUUCAUCAAGCUCUUUGGCAUGGCCAAGAUUGACAACCUGCUGCAGGAGAUGCUGCUGGGAGGGUCCUCCAGCGAUGCACCCCAUGCCCACCAUCCCCUGCACCCUCACCUGAUGCAGGAACACAUGGGCACCAACGUCAUCGUCGCCAACACGAUGCCCACUCACCUCAGCAAUGGACAGAUGUCCACCCCUGAGACUCCACAGCCCUCACCACCAGGUGGCUCAGGGUCUGAGCCCUACAAGCUCCUGCCAGGAGCCAUCGCCACAAUCGUCAAGCCCCCCUCUGCCAUCCCCCAGCCAACCAUCACCAAGCAGGAAGUCAUCUAGCAAGCCGCUGGGGGUCGGGGGCUCUGCUGGCUCCCCCCAUCCCCCUCAGAGAGCGCCUAGUGAUCACUUGGUCACAGUAAAGGAAGGCGUGACAACAGGGCCAGUCCCAGAGCAGUAAUAGAAAGGCCAAAGGGCCCAAGAACGUGGGCUGAGGAACACAUCCCACUGUCACCCUCGACUCCCUGCUCUGGAUGAUGGGGCUUUGACUUGGGGAGACCCCAGCUGGAAAGUCCUCUGCUGCCUUGGACAACUUUUCUCAUGUUGAAGCCACUGCCUUCACCUUCAUUCAUAUGUAACCCCAACUCUCCACCUCUGAAAGACGGCUGUCUGGAGAUGAUCUGGGACCUUGCUUAAACACAGCUCCUUUCUCCCCCAGACUGGGACUUCUCUCCUUGUGCUGGUCAUGGUAUCCAGACACAGAGCCCUGGGAGGCUGGGUCAGAUGGGAGCACCUUACUCCUCCCUCUUCUGCUGCCCAAACCUCAAAUGCCUUUCUCCAGCCUCCACUGUCACCUUCCUUGGCCAUCCCAUCUUCUCCCAAGCCACUUCUCUAGAGGCUGAGGAAGACCUGGAAACCAUUCCCCAGUCCUCCUGGGAACAUUUUGUAAGUGCUGACUGGGGCAAGGCAGAAUGCAGGAGACUGUUGAGAAGGAAGACAUUGUUCCCCCAACACCACCACACUUCCUUCUCCAGGGACUUGGGUGGGCAUUUGGAGUGAUGGUCCCUAUAAGCUUCCAACAAUGAGAGAACAAUCCAAGAUUGACAACUGCAGCAGGAACUUGGAGGGGUGCUGGAGUGGGCAGAGAAAGCAUCUGGAAAGAGGCAGACUGCACUAAGCUUUUGAG